CCUGACGGAGGCAAACUAGAGUGGAAACUUAAAAAAAUAAAAUGAAUAGAAUUCCUAUAAAUAGUACCCUAACCAGCAGCUCUUUAAUUCCAAUUUCAUUUUCAUCUCCAUUACGGAUUUACCACUCGAAAUUCGAGAAGUAAAAUUUCCAGAGUUUGAUAAAAAGUAGAUAAAGUGCAAAUACUUUGUGCAAACUUAACAGAAUUCCCAGAAUUCUUGGAGCAAUUUCAUAUUUUCUUGAUCUUCAAACAGAAGGGGAUUAAAAUGAUGAGAACGCAAUCACGAGGUCAACAUGACCAUCAAUCCAACAUAUUCUACGAGCUAUCUUCUUUGAUUUUGAGAAUUAUUCGGUCGCCGUCAAUGCUAUCAGAUUUAUCCGAUCAAUCUCCCGCGGUGCACCGCCGUCCCACACCAAGAAGGGCGCCGUCGAUGCAGCAGAUUACGCCGGCUGGUUUUGUGUCGUUACUUCUGGGGAUUUCUUUGGCUUUGAUGCUGUGUGGAUCAGUGACUUUUUUUAUUGGGUUCAUUUUGAUGCCUUGGGUUCUUGGAUUGGUUGUGGUUCUGUACUUUGUUGGGGUGGUCUCAAGCCUCUCAAUGAUCGGUCGAGCCAUUUUGUGCCAUGGGUCUGCUUCUCCUUCGGCAAAAAAAUGAUCCUUCCUGGAAACUUUGAUGGGGCAUUUUAGACAUCAAUUCAUGCAGCACGUUAUUCUUACGGAUUGUUGCUGUGUAAGGUAAUGAAGUUUACAAGCUAUUGUGAAUAUUUUACGAGUACGAUGAUAUGGCGUCUGUAUUGAGCGAACUGUUGAAGCAUUUUAAGAAGAUAUCAUUAGUUAUUACUUAAGAAAUGUGAGGAACAAUUUCUGUUGCUCCCUUCACUUGGUUUAUUUGUCUCGGCAAGCAAGGAAGUUACUGUUUUGUCAUCCUGGGAUUUGUCAUUUGUUUGCUGAGAUUGAUAACGAACGAAAAAUAUGCCCGUUUCUUAUCUUAUCGAUAUGUAAAUAAUUUUUGUUCUACUAAUAAAUUCUUGCUUUAUUUGUAUUCUGAACUUUCAUAUACUUUCCCUCUCUUUUGUAUGUACAGAGAAGUUAAUGUUAGUGCAUGUUUUGGACUAAAUAA